CCAACGGUCUAAAUUUCUAAGGGCUGACAACAAAUUUCAAAGUGAAAACCUGUUUCUCAAUUGAAUAGACUCUUUAUUUUUCUAGCGAGUCGGAGACGUACAAUUCUCUGCUUUUCCGCGACGCCUCCCAUCUGUUACAAGUUUUCAAUUUUAUCCGAGUUUAAGGAUCAAACCCACAGAAAAUCGUCAAGAACAAAAUCCAUUAUUCCGCUUUUGUUUCAUAUUUUCUUCCUGCUCCGGGUUUCUUCUUCGAAUUUUAGGUACUGGUUACAUUCACCAGAUCCCUUGUUUUAGAGCCGCUUAGCCAAUAGUUCAUUAGAAAUUUAAGAAUCUGCCAAUAGUUCAUUAGAAAUUUAAGAAUCUCUUUGUACAGCCAGGAUGUUUAGUUUCAUGAAAUCACCCGCGAACAAAGUUCCUAAGCAGAAUUCUGUGGAUCCUGCCGGAUCUGGCACUGAUAAUCCUUUUGAUUCAGACACUGAAUCUGAUAACAAAAAAACUCCUAAUCCUGCAAGAAGAACUUCUUCUGAGCCUGUGCUUGUUACACCGGACAACCCUUUUGAUGAUGAUGAUGAUGAGGGUUUUGUUGGAAAAAGAGGGACUGCAACUUCUUCAGCUAAAAGAGGGACUGCAACUUCGUCAGCUGCUUCUAAAGACAGGUACAAAAAUGAUUUUAGCGACUCGGGAGGAUUUGAGAAUCAGAGUGUGCAGGAAUUGGAGAACUACGCUGUGUAUAAGGCCGAGGAGACCACGAAAUCUGUUAACAACUGCCUGAAGAUCGCUGAGGACAUAAGGGAAGAUGCUACCAGGACUCUUGACAUGUUGCAUCAACAGGGUGAGCAAAUAGAGAGAACCCACAGGAUGGCUGCUGAUAUGGAUAAAGAUCUAAGUAAGGGUGAGAAACUUCUGAAUAAUCUUGGAGGCAUGUUCUCUAAGACAUGGAAGCCAAAGAAGACCAAAGAAAUUACAGGCCCUCUUAUAACAGCAGACCAUUCCUCUGGGAAGUCUGGAAACAACAAGGAAAAAAGGGAAAAACUGGGUUUAUCGACAGACAAAAAGUCGGCUACUCAAAAACCAGCCUCUGGAGCAACAACUGCCUUGCAAAAAGUUGAUGUUGAGAAGGAAAAGCAAGAUGAUGCACUUUCAGAUUUAAGCAACAUCUUGGGAGAUCUGAAGAGCAUGGCUGUGGACAUGGGAAGCGAGCUUGAUAGGCAAAACAAAGCUCUGGAUCAUCUUAGCGACGAUGUCGACGAGCUGAAUUCUAGAGUGAAAGGUGCCAAUCAACGAGCCCGCCAUUUGAUUGGGAAGUAAAAUCAGACACUCUUAUUCUCUCUCCCACCUGAUUCCCUCCCUCCUGUUUGUUUCUAGCUGUGGAAGCAUUUCAUACAAACAUUCUUUAUUAUUGAUUGUACUUCCAUUUUUUUGUUUUUCUCUUGUUGGUUUUUAAGGUUGUAAUAAGGUA